GUGUUUUCUGCAUUGAUGAAGGACGGAAACAAUCGAGAAGCGGAGAAAACCGGCAGCCCAGCUUUAAGAAGCUAACGCAGGCUAAUCCAGAUGCUAACUCUGUUAAAACUCCAGCUUUGAAGGUGAAUUCUCAGCCUGAAGCCAAACUCGCUGCAGGUGAAGUUCUUGUUUCUUAACAAGCAGCAGGUUCCGGGACCAGAGACAUUAAACCUGGCUGUUAGAUGAUCUCUACGUGUCGUUUCCUCUCUGCUGGCUGAGAGUAAAGCUUCUGAUGGUCUUACCUCCUUGUUAGGAGGCCUCUAACACAGAGCAUCAGGCCCUGUGUAAAUCUAGAGAGACUUUAAAAUUAACCGUAGGUGCUAAUGAUUUUCUAAAGGCUUCAGAAAAGACCCCAGUGGUUUCAUUCGUCAUGUGGAUCCUCUUCGUUUGCUGCAUUUGUGGAACCGAGACUCUGGAUCUGAACAUGGAUCUGUAGCUGGUUAAGAAAAAGCUUAAAUCUCAAGAAGAAUCGAGGUUUAAAAAUGAGAAUGUUCCUGAAUAUACAGGUGUGAAAAGAGCCUAAAUCUAACUGUUUGAGAUGAACAUUCUUUAGUCACUGAGGAAGAUUUUAUAUCUAAAGUAGAUGAGAAAACCAAGAUUUUGGACCUUAUUGAGCCCAAGUUUAGUUUGUUUCUGUGGGCGUUUGAAUCAGUGUUUCAAGGAUCCAGAUUUCCUCUUAGAGCACUUUAUUGAAAAUGAGAAACCACACCCAUCACGAAAACUCAGAGCGAGCAGAAAGAGGUCGACUAAAGGUUUAGGCUGCAGAUGUUUAAAGCUGCAGAAAGUGUUCUUUUUUUCAAGUGGGGUUCUACAGAAAGGUUGUAAACAAUAUUUUACUUGAACAAACUAAAUGUAGAGAAAUGGAAUUGAGUUCUUCCAGGACUGACAAGCUAACGGCUGGUCUGAACAGAUUAUAUUGCUCCCAACUUAAAUCAGCUCCAAUCUCAAGUUUCAUAAAUGCUGUUUUCUAAACCUUUAAAUCAUUGUUAGUUCCAUAUUGCAUUAUUUACAUUUGUAACACUACAUGCUAGCACACAUCCUUCCAUCACUUCCUGUUGGAAGAUCACAUUGACUACAAGAGUAACCAUGUAAAAUAAACCUGGUGACAAGAGUAAAGCUUUAUAAAACUGCUCACGCUGUUGUAUGACAAAGAUGAUCCACUUUGGUUCUGGAGACGCUCAGAUGUGCUGUUAAAUCAGGAUCUGACUGGGCUGUGACUGCAUAUGUAAAAUUUCAACAAAGCAGGAACAUUUACAGUUGCACUAAAUUGAGGGUGUUUGGGACCAGCGAGCCUUGUGGUGAGGACUGUUUUUAAAAUCACCACUCAUUUUCACGUGCAUGGAACCUGUAUUCCAGGCCAUGCAUAUUAUUUUAAUGCUCACCUUUGCCCACAUCACAGCCGCCUCUAUUUUUGAUUGAAUUCACUUCGGAAACGAAAACAAAGAGAUUUAAAGUCGUGUUUGCCAGAGCCUCACUGCACAACACCUGCUUUCUACACCUGUAAGGCUGAUCAGAAGAACUUUGUCUAUGGUCUAUUAUCUCAACGUUUAGUGGUUUAUUCAGAUACUUCUUUUUAAAUCCUUCCACUGUUGAAGAAAUAUUAAGUCAAAGAAGUGCUACAGCUAAUGAUAUGAUGAUAUAAACCCACCCUGAUUUCAUGAAACUCACUGUAUGAGAUCUCCAGAAUUUAUAUUAAAUAAUCUGUUUUGGCAUAAUUAUAACAAAAAAACUGUAGUUAUAAAAAAUGUAAUGAUUUUGAGGAUGUUUAUGUUCAUUAUACUCCUAUUUAAUGGAUAAGUAACAAAGUCUGUUUACUUCAACCAGCAACAGUCAUAUUCAAAUCUGUCAUUUUGUGGGUCGAAAACGACAAAGUUUUGAAAACAUUGAUGUAAGUUAGGAGUUAUUGUAAGACAACAGCAAUCCAUACUAGACUUGGUGUUGGUUUUAGUGCUUGUUAGCUCAACGAUCAGGUCAUGGUUUAAUUAUCUCUAAAUUGAAAUUGUUCAAAGAACCAUCUACAGCAGGUAAGAUACUGUUUACAACUUUUCCACAGAACCCUAGUUCAAAAUGCCUGAACUAUCCCUUUAACAACCUUACAAACCCUGAAACCUGCUUGUACCUGAACGGUUGUAAUCACUCCUGUUAGCAAAACUGAUUCAUCAACAGAUAAUGAGUUUAAUCUUCUUUCAUCGUUCAGUCAUGUCAGUCACCUCUGAUUCUAAUAUCCUAAUUCUUUUUAUAAAGGUGGAUUUCCUGGUAACCAGUGGUGCACAAACCAGUUUUUCAA